GAAGGAAUGAUUGUGAAUAAUCUCUCACUGUGCUACCACAACAAACUCAUCUUGGCUCCCAUGGUUCGGGUAGGGACGCUUCCAAUGCGGCUGUUGGCCCUGGAUUAUGGAGCAGACAUUGUUUACUGUGAGGAACUGAUCGACCUCAAGAUGCUUCAGUGCAAGAGAGUUGUCAAUGAGGUGCUCAGCACAGUGGACUUUGUCGCCCCUGAUGACCGAGUUGUCUUCCGAACUUGUGCGAGAGAACAGAAUAAGGUUGUCUUCCAGUUGGGUACUUCAGAUGCAGAGCGAGCCCUUGCUGUGGCCAGGCUGGUAGAAAAUGAUGUAGCUGGUAUUGAUGUCAACAUGGGCUGUCCAAAAGAGUAUUCCACCAAGGGAGGAAUGGGAGCUGCUCUGCUGUCAGACCCUGACAAGAUUGAGAAGAUUCUCAGCACUCUGGUUAAAGGAACACAUAGACCAGUGACCUGCAAGAUCCGCAUUCUGCCAUCGCUGGAGGAUACCCUAAGCCUCGUGAAGCGGAUCGAGAGGACUGGCAUUGCUGCCAUCGCAGUUCAUGGGAGGAAACGGGAGGAGCGACCCCAGCACCCUGUCUGCUGUGAAACCAUCAAAGCUAUUGCUGAAACCCUCUCCAUUCCUGUCAUAGCCAAUGGCGGCUCUCACGACCACAUCCAACGGUAUUUGGACAUAGAGGACUUUCGACAAACCACGGCUGCAUCUUCAGUGAUGGUGGCCAGAGCAGCUAUGUGGAACCCGUCUGUCUUCCUCAAGGAAGGUCUGCGGCCCCUGGAGGAGGUCAUGCAGAAGUACAUCAGAUACGCAGUGCAGUAUGACAACCACUACACCAACACCAAGUACUGCUUGUGCCAGAUGCUUCGAGAACAGCUGGAAUCGCCCCAGGGAAGGUUGCUCCAUGCUGCCCAGUCUUCUCAGGAAAUUUGUGAGGCCUUUGGCCUUAGUACCUUCUAUGAGGAGACCACGCGGGAGCUGGAUGUUCGGCGGGCGGAGCUCUUGGCCCGAACCCCACAGGAAGCCAGGGAACAAGUUGAAGAUGACUGCGGUGUCAUUAAGAUGGCUGUCAAGUUUGACCGGAGAGCAUACCCACCCCAGAUCACCCCCAAGAUGUGCCUGCUGGAGUGGUGCCGGAGGGAGAAGUUGGCACAGCCUGUGUAUGAGACGGUUCAACGGCCCCUAGAUCGUCUGUUCUGCUCUGUUGUUACAGUUGCUGAGCAAAAGUACCAGUCCACCUUGUGGGACAAGUCCAAGAAACUGGCAGAGCAGGCUGCGGCUAUUGUCUGUCUGCGAAACCGGGGCCUUCCUGAGGGUCGGCUCAAUGAGGAGAGCCCCACCCUGCACAAGCGCAAGCGGGAGGCUCCUGACCAAGACUCUGGGGACUCCAGAGCUCAGAAGCCAGCCUUGUCUGGGGAGUUGUUCAAGAAGACCCUUGUGGCCUUGGAAAGUGGAGAAGAUAGUCUGCUGGAAGGCAGGUGACCACUGUCCCUGCCCUGGUCACCUCUUCUGUGGGCCU